UAUCAUGUUUAACAUGACUCGCAUUGUUGUUGUUGUAGUUAAAUGUUAAAAUUGUCGUUGACAUUUUCGUUGUACACAAACAUUUCAACUACUACUCACACACACACAACACAACUGCAAACUCAACUGUGUCACCCAGUGUGGAUGCAAGCAGCAACAAAUCAGAACACAAUAGUAUCACCAACACCCUCGAGCGCCCGUGGUCCAGGAAAUGUUAAACUGAAAAUAUACGCUCUUUUAUUUAUGUAUGUGUGCUUGUCGCGAUACAUCGCAUGUCUAACUGUCACUCAAUUUUGUGUUUGUAUUCCGUAAAUUGGCCGAGCGAGUAUGCAUACAGACGCACAUACCCACACACAGACACAAUAAACCCACACAUUCCUAUGACCAGCACCACAACUACCACGUUUAUAUCUGUAUACAUACAUAUAUGUGUACCAGCAAGUCAAUAUGUUUUAUUCUCUAAAUUCCUUUCAUUACAUUGUUAUGGGAAAAUCAACAAACAACAACAACAAGAAACAACCUAACUAUUCGGCAACAUUUUCAAUUUCCGCUUGCAACAAUGUUUCUAUUUCUGAUUGCAUUGCCGCCUCUGUCAUUCGCAUCAGCAAUGUCAUCAUCAUACUCGUCAUCACCAUCACCAUCAUCAUCAACGCUAUCAGUGUCACUGUUCGCCAAGCAUCAGCGAUCAUCUUCGUAUUUAUUCAAAAUUUGAAUGGUUCCCAACAAAAAACUAAAAUACAUAAGUGUUUCAAGAAUUUUAGAAUUUUUCUAGAUGUGAAUAUUCAGUGAUUGUUUUUGUUUUUAUCAAUAUCAGAGACUGUGGAGAAAUAGCCGAAAUUUGCAAAUAAUUAGAAUACAAUAAAACAUGUCAAGAAAAAGCAGUGAUUUUGAAGUUCAUCGAACAAAAUUUUACAUACAACAGAGUCCUUGUAAAUAAUGCCGUUAUCACCUAUUAAAAAAAAUUUUCUUAAUGUUCCAAUGGGUCUUUAACAUUGUUCGGUCGUUUUUCUUUUACAAAAGUGUAUCGUUUGUCUAAGAAAAGCAUGCACAAUGGUAUUCAAGUAUUGACCAUCUGAAGAUAGAACAUUUUCUCAUUUAAACGGCGAUUCUAUCCCAAAAAACUGUCCCGACUUGACGAAUCGCGCCAAUUUUUGAUAUCCUCUUCUGAUGUGAGCUGUAGUGAGUGAGUUUUGCAUCAACCGGAACAAAUGGUAGUCAGAAGGAACACGAUCUGAGCUCUAAGAACGAGGUGGCGUAAAACUUAUCAGUCUCUUUCUUUUAAAUAGUUUUUAAGCAGUCUAAAAAUAUGAGGUUCAGCGUGGUUAUGAUGGAAAAUGAUUGUCUCGUGAUAAAACCCGAAUGCGGGAAAAACUGACACUUUUUAAGCAGAAUGUGGAGUUGCAUUAUCACCGGGUGCUGGACCCAAAGUACGGCAGUGAAGGGCCUCCAACCCUAGCAAGGUGGCGUUCUGGCGGUGGCUUCUCUCUUAGAAGCGCUCCAAGUGCUCAUAUAAUACAUCUUUGGUCACAUCGUCAUUCUCUUCCGUUGGAGCGUCGACGGAAAUCAGCGAUCUAUUUAAGAACUUCGCUUUGAUACAGAUUUUGACUAGAUGUCCAUUCACCGGGAAGUUGGGAGUGAAUGGCAAGACUCGGCGAUGGAGGUUCUCUCUCACCACGAAUCUCACACCGAAUUUUCGCUUUUUAUAGGGCCACAAGGACCUAAUCAUCUCAGUCCUUGCUCCGUCCAUCGUAUUUCUUGGACGGCGGUGAUGUCAGCAUUUACUCUUAUGAAGACAUAAACCAGCUGGACAGCGGCACCUUCCUAAUUAAGGAUACAAACAUUCCAGGUGCAUGCCAUUAAAUCGUUAUUCUUAACGCGUUUGCCAUGGUCGUCAUCAAAAGGGGGGUAUCUCUUCCGAGGCUAUUGUUUCGUUUUCAUUGAGAGCAUUUUUUACGUGGCGAGUCCCAAACCCAGCGCACAACCCUGGGAACUAAUGGUUCGCUAUCAAACGGAUGCCAUUUGGCUAUUCAGAGGAUACUUGGUCCAAAAUCUUCAGUUUGAACGUGCGAACCACUUCUGGCACGUUUGUUUAGGUAGAGCUUACAAGAUCGCCAGAACGGUUUCCAAGCACUAAUUGUUAACGAAGAAGGUUUUGAGUUUGGAGGGAUUGUCAGAAAAUCAACCGCUACGAGCUCUUUUCCUAAGUCGGACCUGCACUUUCAAUAAUUUGGUCAUCGUUACUGACUCGCCAAAACCUUGGGAGCUGGAUUGAGAGGUUCUUAUUCACUUUGUAAUCCGGACCGGGAACUAAGUUAUUACUCCUGUUCCUGCCUAUGGUGAAUGUUAAUACGGAUGAAAAAAUUGCUCCAAGAACCAAUUUUUAUGGCCAAUAGAAACGAGGGUUUUUUCAAGAGAAGCAUUAUGAGAUUACCUUCAAACUUGCCACAAGUUAUUCUACGAAAUAGUGCGUAUUUGGCUUGAAUCAAAUGACUCUAUUCUAAAAAAGACCUUUAAUUUAAUGCAAAAAAAUGAAUUUAUUUUUCAUUUGCCAAAACUAGACGGUUUAUGGAUUAUUUGUGGAGAGUUGAUAGGUUCAAAGAAGAAAAAAAUUCAAAUAUUUUCUCAUUUCUUAUUAUAAAAUUGUUAAAAUAAAACCAUGUGGAAAGGGAAUCCAAACUAUCAGCAACCAAUUUUUUUACCGGAAAGGUCUACAAUGUUACUCAAGCAUUCAUGCCGAAAACAUACCUUCUAAUUUCUUAUAAUUUCAGAAUGAAAUUUAUUUUUGUUACAGUCUCUGAUAUUGAUUUACCAAAACAAUCUAUUUAUAUUAUAAUAUUUUCUAUUCCUAAAUGUAAUAUGAAUGUUUACUUUUCUCACACACUGUUUACUUUCCAUAAAAAACUUUUUAACCAACAAUUUAAUGCAAUUUUGCUCAUCAAAUGCCCAAAUUAACUUACACAACAAACUCCAAACUAUUUCUCGAAUAUCUAUGUAUAUGUUUGAACAACACCAAUACAACAAUAAUACAAACAACAGGAGCAGCGACAACAACCACAGUAACGUCAGAGGGAAAGCGAGAGGAAAUGAAUGUGUCCACCGCGCUCACAUCAACUGAGCCAGAAACAUCAAAGUAUUCAUGGUCACGUUACCUGAACAUGUCUACACAGACGCCACCCUCGCGCCGCCAUCAACGACCCAGCAUGCAAGUGGAUAGCGCCGAAGAUGGCGAUGAUGAUGAUGAUGACGACGACGACGACGAUGAUGAGGAUAAUGACGUAGACGAUGACAGCGAUGGCAAGGAUAAUGAAAAUGACAAUUUGAUUGAGUCCGAUGAAGAGGGCGAGGCCACCACACAUUUUGGUGGCAGUGCUGGUGGUGUUAGUGGUGGCGUUGGUGCGGAUGCUUAUAGGCCACACGCCUCUACAUCGGACGCAGCUAAAGCUCGUAAUCGGCAUGCUGAUCGGGUAGCCAAGUUUUCAUCGAUUUGAGAAUUUCCGCCAAACCGAUUAGCGUUUUAUUAU